AUUUAUUUGUUAUUAUGGCCGCCGCUUUCUGUCAUUCGGUAGACAUUAUGAUUGGUAAAAAUGCAUCAUAUCAAUAAAAAAAAAAUCUCUUUAUUUGAAUUCAGUAGGAUAUGUGAAAUCAAACUAUACACAUACAUAAGUAAACAAGUUUAAUAUUCAUGAAGUUUUAUAUUUUAAUAUCGCGACGAAAGAUAGACAACUCAAGGUGAUUUUAUUACAUAAGCCGCGCCGAUAAUAAAGGUCAAAGAAAACGGAGUGUUUUGUCAAUAUCACGUGUGUUAAAAACAUUGAAAAUUUGGUGCCAGAGAUUAAAGGACAUAUAGCAUUAUUUAAUAAGGUAUAAAGAAUGACUGUAUCACGUGCCUUGACGAAUGUAUCUACAAAAUGGUUACGUCAACAUAUUGGUACCAGUCCAGGGAAACAAGCGUCCAGGAAUAUAAGAAUUCUUGAUACUUCAUUUGUACUUGACAGACACGCGGAUUCUUACAAUGACCUUUAUAAAAAAGAACACAUUCCGCACUCAGUUCACUUCAACAUCUACAAGUGUACGCCGGAGAAGCCAGGUAUCACACUGGGUUGGCCGGACUUAGACUGUUUUACGGACUAUGUUCAGUCACUAGGUAUAUGGCCGGACACUCACGUGAUUGCGUAUGACAGAACCGGUCCUAUUUCAGCUGCAUACAGAACAUGGUGGCAAUUUAGGACUCUUGGUCAUAAAAAUAUAUCUGUGUUAGAUGGGGGACUGAAGAAAUGGGUGGCAGAUGGUUUUGAAGUGACGUCAGAGGAACCGGAAGUUGAGAGAUCAGAUUUUGUUCCAAAUUUCGACAAAAGUUUAUAUCGGAGUUUUGAAGAUAUGCUGGAGAAUUUAAAGACGAACAAGGAACAACUGGUUGAUUCCAGACCUCUUGACCAUCAUUCUGUCAUUAAAGACGAUAAUUGCGGAGUUAUAGCCGGAUCAAAACAUGUGGGGUUUCCAUAUUUGUUUAAAGAAGAUGGAACAAUGAAGUCGGAAGCUGAACUUAAAGCUAUGUUUGACAAGGCUGGUAUUGAUCUUGACAAGCCACUCUUGGUAACGUGUCUGCGAGGGCUGACGGCAUGCAGUGUUGCAGGGGCUUGCCAUAUUCUAGGCAAAGAAAACGUGCCAGUUUAUCAAGGAUCAUGGCAGGAAUUUAGUAUGAUUGGACCCGAUGAAUAUAAAAGAAAAGUUGAUCAGAAAUCGUGAUUUACAGAAGUGGAAAUGAAAACUUUUAGAUCUGUAUAAAAAAUCAACAUUGUGUUCUUUUCUUUUAUUACAUUACCAUUGUUGUAGCACAUUACUAAAGUAGAUAUUCAUUUGUGAUUUAUACGUUUUUUGUAAGUGUAUGAUAAAUAUAAGUUACAUUAUAAUGUUAUAAAGUCUGAUGGUCUCUG